AGAACAUUUCUAAGAGAACAAUUCUUCUACGAGAGGGAUUUCCUCCAUUUGACUAGGCUGUGCUCUGACGCAGCUGCUAUAGUUGCAAUUAGAACAAAUAUGAAUUACCUACUAGAAACAUAGCACAGCCUUCUUAAUAAAAUAAAAGAAACGUAUAAUUAUUCUUUACAAGUAUAAAUAUACUUUAUAUAAACCCAUUAAAAUAUAUACAGUACGUGUAUAUCGAUGAGUAAUUAAACGCGAAUGAGAAGAAUGGUAGAAGAUGACGUCACGAAAUUUCCCGGCAGAAAUUGACAACAUGUUUGUAAUCAUACAUUCGCGCAGUAUUAUCGAUCGGUGAAAUGUAACUGAGUCUCAUUUGUUUCGUAAUAGUUUGAAAAUCGUUGUGCUAGAAUGACAAAGUAAUAGUGUGUGAGACAUAGUCAUGAAUAUACAUCGCAUACUAAACAUGUUCAAGAAGGAUCCAGCCUGUGGAUUUCCACUCGAUGAUUUACCCGAAGAGAUUUUAAUUACUGUGUUUUGUUUUUUGCCGGUAAAAGAUUUGAAGAAUUGUUGUUUAGUUUGUAGAAAAUGGAGAGAUAUUGUGACUUCGCAAACUCUUUGGAAGGAAAAAUGUGAACGAGAUAAAAGAAUUUUACCUUUUAUUAUUUUCCAAGAGCUACCCCAUAACUAUUAUUUAAAUAUUUACUUAAAAAAUCCUUACGGAAGAAAUCUAGUCAAGAAUCCAUCGGGAACUGCAGGACUUUCCUACUGGAAAAUAACACAUAAUGACGGAGAAGGAUGGAAAGUUGAAAAUCCUCCUCAAGGAUCUGAUCCUGUUCCAGAUACAAAUAUCCAGUAUUGUUUUGCUACAUCAUAUGGUUUAUCUGAAAAAUUUCAAAUUAUUGAUUUAAUAAAAGAAGGAGUGCAUCCAGAAGUUUUGGAUCAGGCUUUACUUGAUAUAGAAAUAUCAGAAUUUCAUGCAGCUAGAUUUGAUUGUGGCAGUAUAUAUACAUUACAAGUCAAGUUACUAGCUAAAAAUGGUAUUGUAUUAGAAGAAUAUAAUUCUGGAAAAAUUGAAGAAACUCAGUGGGCUGGAAAAAGAUGGAGUCAGGAAAAACAUGUAUUUUCAAAUUACAAACCAGGAGUCAGAUAUAUUAAAUUUAUUCACAGUGGAAAAGACACUCAGUUUUGGGCUGGUCAUUAUGGAAGCAAAAUGUCUCAAGCGACUGUUAAAUUUAUUAAACGUUCAUAAUGUACAUAUUUAAAGAAAAUAUUGUUAAAUAUUUAAAGAAAUAUUUUUGUGCUUAAUGUAUAUUUGUUAUAUAAAUUUAGUUUUUACUGUUAAACAAAUUAAUAAAAUUUUAAAUAAUAAUGAUAUUAAAAAAUGAAUCAAUUCAAUAAGGUAUUAAUUACAAAGUUGCAAUUAAAGUAUGUUACUGUUAUGCUCUAAAUUAUAAUUGUUUUGUUACAAAUAAAUUAUAUUUGAAUAUUU